AAAAGGGCGGCUCGGAAAACCUUCCUUCCCCAGAUUUUCGGCUCGCCCCGUUUUAAUUUUCACGACCGUACUUCUUCAAAAGCUCCAACUUCUAUUGUACCACCCCAAUUCUACCAGUAGUCGUCAAGUCACUGAAUAACCUGGAGAAUCUGCAAUCAUGGUAAUUUUCAUACCUGCUCCAGCUCUGGAAAGAUAGAAGCUAACGGAAUCAAAGGCGCCGACAGCAUCAAAAAAGCGCCCCUCAAUCCGCUCCAAAUCCUCAAAAUCAGGAUCAGGAAUGAUCGCACGCCCUUCCACCUCCUCCAACCCCCCUAGUUCCUCCAAUCAAUCUACCUCGCCGAAUCCACCCGCCGAAAUAUCCUUCAUCAACAGCAAGAAAGACCGCCGCACAAUAAAGCACUCUGCCUUCAUUUCGCGAAUCGAGAAAGCCUCCAAAAAACCACUGAAACGCCGACGUCCGAAUAAAAAGCUCGUUACUACGCUUGAAGGACUGGCUGAUGCUUUGCCUUCAGUGGAUGAGUUGGUAAAAGGAGGGAAGGGUGAGUUAGGUGUAGGGAAAAUGGGUGGAAGAAAGGGGAGUCUGAAAUCUAAGCCUGGAGCAAUGAAGAGGAAAGAGAAAUUGGAAAGGGGCGAGAGGGAGAGAUUUGGCAGGAAUCUUGCGGCGAUUAUGGGGAGUAGAGCAGUGGAAGAGGAGAAGGCGAAUGGUGUCAUGGCAAAGAAUGUGGAAGUUGAGAAGGGGACGGACAGAUUGGAAGAGAAGAAAAGCGAGGUUGUGAAAGGACGUUUUGCGGCGUUGAGGGCGUGGGUGGGAACGAAUAUGGAGAAGCAUCCUGCGUUUGAGAAAGGGAGCGAAUGAGCCUGUCAUAUCUGGGUUGUUUGUUGGUAUGUUUGUCUGUUCAUUAUACCCAUU